CCGGGGAUGACGUGUCUCUUGCAUUUCUCAAUUCAUCAUCUCUGUCGCAGUUUGCAUAUCGCUCAUUCAGUCAACAGUUAAUGAUCAUCAAUACCUCUUUUGGACCUAGACUUCGUUAAUAUAUACAAGGGUGCAACGGGUGACGGCGCUGAAUCUCCAUUGAAUGCGCUCGCAGUAUCUUCAGAUGCUCCAGAUCCCGACCUAUUUGCUUGCAACUCAAUCCACACCGCCAUCAUGAACAUCAUCACUUUCAUGCAAAACCGUCCUCGACUUACAGGUGUGGUCUCAUUAGCUGCGGCCGGCAGCAUCGUCGCCGCAUACCUUGGCAAGCGACGCCUUGACCGGUCAUACCCGAGAGUCUCCAUCAAGGAACUUCCAAAGUCAAGUGCAUGUCGCAACCUCGUGGAGAGCAGCGAAGCGGUCCCGAAGUCUGUAUGGGGGAUGGAAAAGUCAGCUCUGCUGGCCUCAUGGUCUGGUGGCAACCAAACCCGCUGGGUCCCCUCCUUCGCAGCCCUUCAAGCGGAUGUCCCCGUGUCCCUUCUCGCUGGGUACGGAGCAUUUGACAGUGAACAGAGUAACACCGAGAAGGAUGAUGCGCAUCAUCUGAUGCAGAAUCUAGUUGCUGCCUUUCUUGAUGCGCGGGCCGCCGGGCCGGAGGCGUGGUUUCUGGACAAAGAGGUGCCGCCACUGUCCUUUGCGCCAGGUAGUCUGUUAUUCGGCGAUCAAGGCAGCAUGGGAGCCUUCAUGCUUGGGACCUGGAGUACAAAUCAGAAGUCUUCUAUCCAGCCUCACGCUCUUGGUCCAGAAGCACCCGAGCCUUGCUCCGAGUUCCCGUCAAACAGGGACGCGAUCCAAGAUAGUCCCACCGACACAGCCGGAGCCGUGAUGUACUGGAAAUUUCCCGACGGGCUGGUCCGAACAGUGGACAAGGCAGCAUCGUAUGGUCUACCGUGGCGGUUCAUGGAUGGCGGAUUCCAAGAAUUCAUUGUGGAAAGGGGUGUCAGAUGGAAUGGCCAGGGUGACAUACAUCAGUGUUGAAUGCUCUAACCUCCACCCGGGCAGCCAGUCUACAAGGGAUUUCAAGAUGUUGCCAUGGCUGGCUUAUGAGCUUCACGUAUUAUAUGCACAACUCCUCUGGCAUAAUACGGUGAUGCAACUUCGUAACCGCACGAAAACUUGAGUUGAUUUUCUACAUUCACAUUAUGAUAGAGAGUAGUAAUAGAGAUACCCCUCCGCUCAUCUUCCCUACUGCUUAUGUCCUAUACCCGUGCAUAUCCAGACGCUUAGAUAUUGCUGAUAAUC